AUGUCUGAAAAAUUUUAUCAUCAAGUACGUGAACAAUUACUUCAAUUAUUAUCAAGUAAAAAUGAAUAUAUUCGUGUUAAUUGUCGCAAUUUUUGGUGUGAUCCGAAACAUUUAAGUAUUUCAUCAAAUCAUCGUCUUAUUGCAUUAGUUGAUCAGUUAUAUUCAAUAAAAACUGAAAAUGAAUAUUUAAAUUAUUGUACGAAUUUUCUUCUUGAACGUACAACACAUAAUCCUGAUUAUAAUCGUUUGAUAUUCGAAAAUCCACUUGAUAAAUGUACAUUUCAUGAAUUUCCAUUAGUAUGUAAUUGGCGUCAACAACAUCAUACAUAUAUGACACCAUUAUUUACAUUACAAUCUCAAAUUACAAAUGAUCCAGUUAAUACAAAUAUUAUGACAAUGGAUCCAGUUCAUUUUAUGCAAACAUUUACAGAGAAUGCUAAUAAGAUUGAACAACAGCAACAACAAAAUCCAACAACACGAAUGCUUUUACAAACACAAGAAAUAUCUAAUCGACAACAAUUCAUACCAACACAAGUAUUAGAUAAUAAUAAUACAAAUUAUAAUUAG